UAUAGCUUGUGUGGUAUUUUCAUCGGCAUGGAUAUUGCAAUCUUUUGUUUGUUAAUGUUGGUUGUAGUCUCACCUAACUGCACUCUUGAAGGAGAUAAUAUUUGUUUAAAGAGUGAGAAAAAUGAAAGUGGAGAACUGGGAUGCUGUAAGGACUAUGAAGAAAAGAAUAAUAAGUGUGUAGAAUGCAGUCCCGGCUUUUUGGGAUUUAACUGUACUGACAGGUGUCCGAAGAAUCAUUAUGGAAAAAGAUGCUUGACAAAAUGUAGCUGUAACGAAACGCAGAUUUGUCAUCCCGUGUGUGGAUGCUUGCAAAGAUUGGACUUGGAUAAAUUAAAUAUGACAAAGAAUGGUACUAGCAACUUUUUAGAGAACGUUACGUCUUCGCCUUUUGCAGAGGAAUGUUCUACUACAACAGAUGUGUUAUCCACAAGCACAGGUCUAUCUACUGCUAUCUUCCUUUUUAAUACUACAAGGGAUUCACAGUCUGCUAUCGGAAUACCUUCCCUGAAAUCAAAUUCUAGAAUAGCAUUUCUUAUUGGAGCAGCAAGUGUCACUGGUGUAUGUAUUGUAUUCGGAAUAGGACUGUUAUAUCGGUUGCACUUGGGGAGAAAUAAAGCAGAAUGCCGCGUUCACCACAAUAUGGUGUACGAUUUAGGAGAUAUACCAAGGAUUCGGGAAAACCCAAGUGUACACGAAGAGCCAGCAGAGCCUCUGUAUGGUGAAUGUAGUUACGAGGAUACCUGCUACAGUACAUUGGUACUAAGAGUGAACAAGGAAUCUGGUCGGGAACCGAAUACAUCAAGACAGCCAGUCUUUACAGAUGAUGACAAUAUAUAUGAGUUUGCACAGCGUUAUACACCUCAUAGCGAUGAAGGACAGCCACUAAACGUGUAUAUUACUGAUCUGAUUGAAGCAACUGAAUAACUGAAAACUUUGAUUUAAUCAUUUGAUGAUCGUGUAAGCUUCAAGUUAUAUGUCAAACAGCUUAACGGCUGGCCGGUUGUGUUCGCAUUAACAAAGCUCCGAUCGUCUAUAAAUCGUAUUUGAGUGUUACUCUGACAUCAAAUGUUGAUAAGUAAAUAGGAAGAUUUAUAACUUAUUUUUACUUAAAGCAAAUAAUUAUGGAUAGAGGGAACAAAGCAUCAGUUUAACUAUGAUUCGAAGUUUAUCUUACACAGUAUCGUAUUCAAUUAGGGCGUAAUGAUACAGUUGUUCAAACGAAAAACGUUUUUAUUUAAUUCUAUACCACUGUCAAUAA